GUGACCGACCGACCGACCGACCGGGAGCGAGCGAGCGAAGCCAAGCCGCCCGACAGCAGCUCCACAUCCGCGGCAGGUGACAGCAGCGAGGACCCGCACCUCGGAGCGCUGAAGGCGGCCACCACAGGAUGGUAGCAGUUGACGUCUGUGGGGCUUAAGACCACACACUUCCACCUCAUGGUGUGUAAUUAAACGGACACAAGCCAAAAUGAAAUCGUUUUUUGACACUCUUUUGGCUCAAAUGAUGUCAGAUUUUUGAUAUUUUUGGUCUUUUGUGACUCGGGGAAAAACCCGGCACUGUCCCGUUUCUCUCCGCUGCUCGCCUCAGUAGCACUGUGCGGGUUUUUAAAUACAUUUUUUGUAUUAUUAUUUAAUAUUACUACCAGUAUCUGUACUGAGCAUCAUAGUGAAGAUGGCGACUGGUUCUGGUUGGCAGCAGCAGUAUUACUGCCCCGUCGGUCAGGGGAAAUUUAACUCGUCCACGGCGUCAAGCUUUCAGUCCGGCAUCGCCAUGGAAUAUACCCAGGACCUGCACCUGAAGAUGAGCAAGAAGAUCGCACAGCUAACCAAGGUUAUCUAUGCGCUGAACACGAAAAACGACGAGCACGAGGCGGCCAUCUCCACGCUGAAGGAGGCCCACGAAGAGGAGGUGCAGCAGAUCCUGUCCGAGACCAGAGAGAAGAUUCUCCAGUACAAGAGCAAGAUCAGCGACGAGAUGGACCUGAAGAAGCGGAUCCAGUCUCUGGAGGAGUCCAUGGAGCUUCACGAGAGGAUGAAGCGUCAGGCGCUGGCCGAGUUCGAGAGCUACCGUCAGAGGGUGGAGGACAUGCAGCUCUGCACCGAGGCUCAGCACACGCAGCGUGUGGUAUCCAUGUCCAGGGAGGUGGAGGAGAUGCGGCGGUCCUUUGAAGAGAAGCUGCGUACGUUCAGCCAGGCCCAGGCCCAGUUUGAGCAGGAGAAGAAGGCCGCUCUAGAGGAGCUGAAGGCCCAGCACAGACAGGAGGUCCAGGAGCUCCUGCGCAGCCACCAGAGCCAGAACGCCAACUACAGCAAAGACCAGGAGAAACUGGGACAGCUCCAUAAGGCCGAGGUGGAUUCUUUGGCGGAGCGCGUGGAGGAGCUCAAGCAAGACAAAAAGAGGCUUGUGGAGGAAUAUGAGGCCAAACUCAGCAAGGCUCAGGCCUUUUAUGAGCGCGAGCUGGAGGCCAUGAAGAGAACUCAGCAGCUGACCGCCGACAACCUGUUGGCAUGGAAACGCACCGAGGCCGAGCUGCGGCGGGAGUUCCAGACCCAGGAGGCGGCUCUGCAGAAGACCCUGGGCAAACUGAGGACGGAGCUGGCCAGGGUGUCGGACGAGGCCCGGGAAAACCGCGAGAAGUCGUACAAGCUCCAGUCGUCGCUCACCGCGGCUGAGAGCACCGUCAAGGACUUAACCAAGCAGCUGGACGAGGUGAACCAGAACUCUGAGAUCGUGGAGAUCCGUCAGAAAGAAGCCGAGUGUGAACUGGAGGCCGCCAGAGAUCGAGUUCAGCAGCAGGCCACAGAAAUUCUGCUCAAAGCCAGUCAGAUAAGCAGCCUGCAGGCCACCCAGAUGACUCAGGAGGCAGCCAUCAGGGACCUGGACAACGAGCGCAGCCGGCUGAAGGACAAGGUGGUGAGGAUGGAGGAGGAGAGGGAGUCCCUGCAGAGCCAGAUCCAGGCCCAGGACGAGAGACAAAAGCAGCAGAUCCAGUGUCUGGAGAAGACGCUGCACGACGACAAGGCGGCGCACGACAAGGACAUGGGCAACAUGCGCGCUCGCUACGAGGACGAGGCCGGGCAAAUGAAGGAGAGCCAGGCGCGCACGCUGGACGAGGUCACCAAGAAGCACAGGGCCGCGCUGGAGAACAGUCUGAGCAGCGCCGAGAAGGACAAGAACCGCCUGCUGGCCGAGCUGGAGCAGCAGUUUGAGAGGGAGCGUCUGUCGCUGGAGGAGCAGAAGACACUGCUCAGACAGCAGCUGGACGAGCUGAAGGAGGAGCUGACCUCCAAACUCACCGCGGCCAACGACGAGUUGUCUCGCCUGCAGGGGGAGGUGCAGCAGAGGGAGCAGGACAUGGGGACGGCCGAGGGACAGAUCUGCUCACUGAAGGAGGCGCAGGACAAACUGCUGGAGGAGCUGGACGCCACCAGGGCGCGACUGAGAGAGACCAGCAACCUGCUGACCGCACUGCAGGGCGAGCUCGAGACCCAGAAACGUCACCAUGACGCGAAACUCAUCACGACCAAAGAAGACGAGAAACUCAAGAUGGACAAGAUGGCUCUGGAGCUGGAGCUCAAGUGGACCGAGACACUCAGGCAGGAGUGUAAGAAGCUCCGCGAGGAGCUAAGAGAAGACCACGAGGAGGACAAGGCCUCAGCACUGACACAGCUGGCACAGACCAAGGAGCAGGAACUGAGCAACGCCAGGGAGAGCUGGCAGAGGAAGGUGGAGGACCUGCUCGAACAGAUCUCCUUACUGAAGCAGAGUCUGGAGAUGCAGCUCUCGCAGUCGCAGUCGUCGCUGCAGCAGCUGCAGCACCAGUUCAGCCAGGAGAGGGAGCACCUGAGGAUGCAGCUGGAUGAGCUGCAGACGGAGCACCAGAGGCGGCAGCACCGCCUGCAGGAGGCGCACUGCUGCUCCAUGCAGGACCUGGAGCGGGCCAGGCAACGGGACCUGAAGGACUUGGAGGAGCGUCUCCGCCACCAUCACCACGCGGAGCUGCAGUCGCUCAGAGAAGCUCAUCGCCAGAGCAUCGAGACGCUCAAACAGCAAUCAGAGCAGGAGCUGCAGACGCUGCGCUUCGAGCUGGAGGACGAGGGCAAAGCCAUGCUGGCGUCUCUGCGGUCGGAGCUAAACCACAUCCACGCGUCGGCCAUCGAACACCUGAGACAAACGCACCAGCAGGAGACAGCCGUUGCCAAAGCGGAGCUACAGAAGACGCUGGACAACAACCGGAUACAGGAGCGCGAGCUGCUGGGUCGGAUCACGGAGCUGCAGGAGGAGGUGUCGAGGAGGAAGAACCACAUCGCUCAGCUGGACCACCAGAUCCACACGCUCAACGAGAACAUCAGCACGCUCACCAAAGAGCUGGAGCUCAAAGGCAAAGAGGUGCUGAAGAUCCGCAGCGAAGCCAAUCAACAGAUACGUGUCCAUGAACAGGAGCUGGUGAAGAGACACGAGAGGGAACUGUCUGAACUAAGCUCCGCCCACAGCAGAGAGACACAGAACAUGCUCUCUGACUUCAACAAAGCACAGGAAGUGCUGAAGGACAAGAUCUCUGCCCUGCAGAUCCUGCUGGAGGGAACAGAGGAGAAGUUCAGGAAUCGGGAAAGUCGUCCCGAGGAUCUUCAGAUCAUCGCGGAGCUGAAAGACAUGGUCUCCGAGAGAGAAUCUCUCGUCAAGAAACUGGUGGACGAUAAGAAGUUCUACCAACUCGAACUCGUCAACAGGGAGACCAACUUCAACAAGGUGUUCAACGCCAGUCCCAACGUAGGAGUUAUCAACCCACUCAUCAAGCAAAAGAAAAAGAGUGAGAAAACAGCAGCCAGCAGAUUGAGCAGCUCUUCUAAUCUCAGGGCUUUGGAGGCAGCGGGCGUGGGCGUGGGCGUGGGCAUGGGUGUGACGGGAUCAGGGAGCGGGUUGCCCCCACACCCACCACAUCCACCGCCCCCACCCCCAACCCAGUCCAGCCGUCUAGAGCCCAUCCCCAACUCCCCCCUCCACCACCUUGAGUUCAACUCCACCAAACCUCUUCCCCCGCCGACCCCUCCCACCGAACCCAAGAAAUUCAUGAGCCCUCCUGAGACUAAGGACGCCACCAUUGACGCCGCGGACGCUCAGCGCCAGGAAUGGUUCGCUCAGUACUUUUCCUUUUGAUUGACAACACAAACCUGCAAAACGCGAGGACUCAGCAUGUCGACCAAACUUUAAAAGAAACUUAAAGGAACAAAAAAAACUACAACAAAAAAAGAAGAAACUCUUUGUUCUUUAUUGUCAUUAAACAGUUUUUGGGGAUCAAUUCACUUCAGACUCAGUCGACAGAAAAUGUCACGUCAUAGUUUCAAAUUGACAGAAAGCCUCACGUCAUGGUUUCAAUUCACUCCAGACUUGAUCGACAGAAAGUGUCACGUCAUGGUCUCAGACUCAGUAAACAAAGUGUCACGUCAUGGUCUCAACUCACUUCAGACCUAGUAAACAGAAAAUGUCACGUAAUGUCUCAGUUGGACAGAAAGUGUCACGUCAUGCUCUCAAUUCACUCCAGAUUCGGUCUGCAUAAAGUGUCACGUCAUGGUCUUGAUUCACUGCAGAAUCAGUCGACAGAAAUUAUCACAUCAUGGCUUCAAUCCGUCAUGCAUCGUGGUGUCAUGGUCUGAAAGUGUCGCGUCAUG